AUGAGCGCGGCGGUCGUCCAGUUAAUCGAUUUGACGGGAUCAUGGCGAAGCAAGAAGCAGAUUUCUAUGGCGCUAUUGUCAACCGAUGUGAAAUACGACGCUGCAACGGUGGGUACUCAAGAGCUUCUCGGGCUGAAAGAGCUACUGGGGGAGCUAGACAUUGCCACCACACACCAAGAGACUGUUGAGGAAGCCCAGGUCGACACAAUCUUGACCAAGGCAGAGAAUGUAAACAUCACGCUCGAUUCUAUCCGAGACUUUGCCAAGAAGAGUGUUGUGAUGCCAGAGGCGAAAAACUCGGGAUUCUGUUGA